AUCAUCUGUUGUAAAACUGUCAGUAGCUCCUGAAACUCUAGCUUCAGAAGUCGGAUUUUCAGAGCACAUAUCCGGUGUUCUCAGAAGUCCCUAGUAGCUUGAGCACUUAACGAGAGAUCAACAGACUAUCAAUGGCUACCGUCCGUGCUCUCUCUCAGUGCCAAGUUGUGGCCGGAGCAGCCACUGCUCUUGGCUUUGCGGACUCUUCAUCCGUGAAGGGUCUCAAGCCCCUCAAUGGCGCACGAUGCCAGUCACGCGUCGUCGCCAUGGCCACCAAGAAGAAGGUGAAUACAUACCUUGACGACUGGAAGAAGGAGUUCAUCGGGUACGGUAUCUUCGUCGAAGAUUCCGAGUCCACUCCGGUCAACAUCGUGCAGCAGCUCGAGAAGAAGAAGCUCCUAUCGCAGGUCGAGAAGGCCGGUCUGCUCUCCAAGCUCGAGUCCUCCGGCCUAACUCUCUCCAAGAUCGAGGAGCUCGGCCUUCUAUCCAAGGCCGAGUCCCUCGGUCUGCUCACCCUCGCCGAGAAAUUCGCCACCACUCCCGCCGGUACCUUCGCCUCUGCGGCGCUCCCGCUCCUCGUCGCCGCCAUUGCUGUGCCGGUAUUGGUGCCUGACGACAGCGCUGCUCUUGUGAUUGGCCAGCUCACAGUCGCGUCUCUCCUGGCUCUCGCUAGCGUCACAUCUUUCACAUUGUCCCUCAUCCUCGGUAUCCUGCAAGAGUAGGUCGCUUUUCUGUCUAAACUAUCACAUGUAAUUUACGACCUUCAACCUAAUAUAGCCCAAUACCCUACUUGACCUGUAGCUGUCACAGUCGCCAGCGGGUGAAUCAGAGCAGCAAUUGGCUGCAGGUGGGCUGCUAUCUUGGUGGAGUGUCCUGCUGGUGGUGCACCCCACAGACAAAUUUCCGCCGCUUCACUGAGACAUUCACCCCAUGGCUGAAUGUCCACACAACACAAACAAGUCAGAAGCUUACCGGAUUGUGCCCCGCGGAUUGUUUCCUACCGCCUGCUCAUGUUUUGGGGUGGUACACCUCAGUACAUCGCUGCUGUACGUCUACUUGCUCUUCAAGCCAGUUAGGUUGCUAGCAUCACAAUUGAUCCUCCGUCCCUAGCAGUGGUUCAUGAGGGCGUGUCACUAAAAAUCGUUUUGGUAAAAUACCAC